AUGUCCCUCGAAGCUCUCUGGCGCCCUUCAUCCUUCAACAUGGCUCACCCAGGCGACCGCUCUGCUAGCACAAGCUCCCCUCGAUCUCCUCUAAUUUUUAGACCUCGCUCAUCUCCUCCGUCCGCCACGGGCUCCGGCUCUUUACAGCCUAACGCCGCCAACAGGAUAUCCUCCAACCCCAGCCAGCUUCUAAGUCCUAGCGACCUGGUUGGGCCUUCUCCCGUCACUUCAAACGGCACUGAGACUACCGAAAUUGAGGACGAUGUUGCCGAUGAUCUAUUAAGUCCACAGGAUGGGGACCCCACACAGCACACUGAGCUUUUACUGCUUACUACGACCCUCCCAGAUAGCAUCCGUCAAAAGGGCCUGGAAGAGUCAAAUUCUGUCAUUCACGCUCCUGAGAGCUUUCGAAGCUGGACCUCCAACGAGUCUACUACCCGCCAAAGUCAAUCCAGUGAAAAAUCGUCACCACAAAUGGACGACGCCAGUCUACCUUCGAGUCCACCCAACACCUACCAUAAUCUCCCUCCUGUAAAGACAGACAUCAAACCCGUGAGGUACAGCCUGGACAGUUCCACUCCACAAGCCCAGGACCUCCAGGACAUGUUGGCUGAAAGCAAUCGCUUGCGUUCAAGCAGUACAAGCAGCCUCGAAAAAAUCGAGGAACAGACAGAGGCCGAGGGUGACGACGACGACCUUUAUUCCGACGGCGAGGGACUCUUCGGUAGAGCGCAGCUUCGAGGACAACACAACGAGAUCGAGCGACUGAAGCUUUUGUUCAACACAGCAUGGACAUGCUGUCUCGAAUUCGGCAGCUACAAUACGCGGCGCAGGAAGCGAGACCUGAGCAGCUCUUCAGUCCCCGACACCCAUGUCUACGCCUGGCAGACCUGCUGGAAGCUCUGCGAGCGACUCUACAGCGAUGAAACCAGCGACAAGGAUUCUCUCAAUAUUCGUGACGGCUUGAAUUUGUGCAGAAAAUUUUGUCAGGCGUUAUUCGAACUCCGUCCAAGGAAGGACGAGAUAUUCGACUCAAUGUUGCGUGUCACUUUUGAAUUGAACAACCAUCUCUAUAGUGGCCAGGAUAACCGGAACCUCCCCGAGGCAUUCAGAGAACGCACGCUUGACUUUUACGUAACUAUCUGCCACCGCCUGAUGAAGCAACGAAGUGUCUUGCAGGACGAGUCGGACAGAAUUUUGAGAGCGUGCUGGUCCUUGACAGAAGUUCUCUUCAGUAUUCGUCAAAAUCGGCGGGACGGAAACCCUCCAGACGAGACACUCUUUGUCGCUGCCAUCGAAGCUACUUAUAACCUCAACGACUUGUUCCGCGAGGGACUCAGCGCCUCCAGAUCGGAAAGAAGCACACCUCGGCCCAGCCAGACAAGCUUUUCCUAUCAUUCCCCGGAGCAGACGGGCAGGGAGAGUCGUUCUUCCAAUCAUUCAUCGCGUUCCAAGCGAGAAGGCAGCAGUAAAGGGUCAUUCCAAGAGGAGCGACCAAGAAAGCCCCCGCAUGUGCCCGAAACCCCCGUCACCGAGUUCGAAGACACGCCCAUCUCGCCGGAAAGUCGAUCCCCCCAGAUGCCCAACAUCAUGAUCCUUGGUCCCACCAGCGAUGGUGGCCGUGGCAGCCGCUGGCCAAGCAGCGCCUCCAAUUUGUCCAAUUAUUCGCACAACAGCAACCGAACCUCGAGCACUGCCACCACGACUACGGCCACCGAGGACCUCCAUGUGACGCGCGCCAAGGUUCUCGUCUUGCGGGCCGCCGUUCAGCUCGGAUUCAACAAGGAGGCGAUUGUGGACGUGAAGACGGGCGCGACGGCGCUACAAAAAUUCGCGUCGGAGCUGCAGCCGGGUGCGUUUGGCUCCCUGGCCACGCAUGCCACCCUGCUGCAGCAGUACAAGGAGUCCAUUCUCGCCGACAGCUUCGUUCCGCGCAGCAGCUUUGUGCUCUCCUCGCGUAUGAAGAGGGUAUCCGUACAAGACCUGGCCAAGUCGGUCCAGGUCAUGAUCGGCACGUCCCAAGCCCGCUUUGGCUAUCUGAGAGAGUUGUUUAAAUUUGUCUGCAGCUUUCCGCUGGAAGAGGCGGAUUCCCGGCGGAAUCUCAUCAUACAAGUCUGA